GUCCUGAUGGGUGAGGGACAGGGUCUCAUGGCGCCGGAUGAUGGGCAUCACCAGGGAGUCUGCCCCAUACUCCAGGUCCAUGUGUUGCAACUCGAGGACCAACAUGCUCAUCACUGGGCUAUGAGGACAACAGGGAAGUGCUGGGUAACCUAGUUGUUUAGGGCAAUAUGGUGACCACCAAUGUGACCAUCCCAGCCAGCCUGUCCAUAACACUAUGCCAUAGACUAAAUAUUGAAGAUAACGCAGACAUAGCUAACUAUCAGACUCUGCCUACAAUCCCUUCAUCCAUCAAGAUCUUAAGGGAUGUAGAUCCAAUAGUGUUUGCCAUCCAGAGAGGAGAUGCUCAAGCUGUGAAAGAGCUGUCAGUGGCUGCACCACUCAGCCUGAUGAAAGAGAACAAAGAAGGAUGGAUACCUUUGCAUGAGGCUGCACAUUGUGGCCAAGCUGAAUGCAUAAAGGCACUGCUGAAAGCCCAACCAGGAUCAGUUGACAAGCGCACCCUCCAGGAACAGACUGCUCUAAUCCUGUCAGUUUCCAGUCAGCGACUGUCCUGUGUGCAAUGCCUUCUACAGGCAGGGGCAGACCCUGACAUCAGCAGCAAGAACAAAGAGACUCCCCUAUACAAAGCGUGUGAGUGGGAGAACGUGGACAUGGUGAGCCUCAUCCUGUCAUACGGUGCCACAGUGAACCAGAGGUGUAACCGGGGCUGGACAGCCCUCCACGAGGCAGUGUGCAGGGACAACGUAGAGAUCUGUGAGAUGCUAGUUAGGGCAGGAGCCACCAUUAACCCUCCCAAUACCUACAGCAUCACAGCACUCAUAGUAGCAGCCCAGCAAGGAUGUGUAGAGGCCAUGCGAUACCUCAUUAGGAAAGGUGCUGACAUCAACAUGCAGACGUGUGAUGAUGCUACAGCCCUGUAUGAGGCCAGUAAAAAUGGCCACAGGGAGAUAGUGGAGCUGCUACUCUCUCACAACCCAGAUGCCAACAAACCCACCAAGACAGGACUCCUACCUCUACACGUUGCUGCUCAGUAUGGACACCAUGAUAUUGUGUCCCUGCUUGUCCCAGUCACCAGUCGGGCCAGAGUUCGCCACAGCGGGAUCAGCCCCCUCCACCUGGCUGCAGAGCACAACCGGGACAUGGUCACAGCCAUACUGCUCAAGACAGGUGCCGAUGUCAACGCCACACUAUCCCACAAUCGCUCCAUGCAGUAUUCGGAUCACUGCGCCACAGCACUCUACUUUGCCAUUUCCAAUGGCAGCACUAAAACAGUAGAAAUGUUACUGAAAGCUGGUGCUAAUCUGAGCCUGGACCCAGUCAACCCUCUACUAGCAGCUGUAAGACGGGGUUGUACCAGGACUGUCUCUCUACUGCUGGAGCAUGGGGCUGACGUUAACACCAGCAUCCCAGCCUGUCCUACCACCUUCCCUGGUGCUAUCAUACUCUGUAUGAAUAACCUACCUCUUCUCAAGUGCCUUUUGGAUAAUGGCUGUGAUGCAUGGGCCUACUUCAGAUGUGCUUAUGGUUGCAGCCCACACCCAGCCCAGGACAGCAUGGGCAGCAUAGUCAUCGACAUCAACACUGUACUGCCCACCAAUGACAUGUCUCUUUUAACCUGCACAGGACCUGUUGCCAGUAAAGUACAGUUUUGUGAGUUGAUCUCAUCUCCAUCUGUGCGUAACUGGGCAGGGCCCAUCGUAGACUUACUGCUGGACUACGUUGGUAAUGUUCAACUGUGUGCCAGACUCACCAAGCUCCUGGAUGGACGGCAGGAAUGGCCCAGCAUCAAGACCAAGUCAUUGUCAGCCCGUCCACUGAUGCACCUGUGCAGGCUAAGGAUCCGUGAGCAGAUGGGUGUGUCCAGACUCAGGUCUCUGGACAGCCUACCCCUCCCAGAUAGACUGCUGCAGUACCUCAGCCUGACCAGACACAGCUUUGAUGACUUCUGCCCUGAUGGCAAAUAAGGCUUGUCAGUGUUCCUGUGUGUUGUGCCUUAUAGUAUAUUACCAGUUUACAGGAUUAUUUUUUACUGUAUUUAUGGGGUAGUGAUGAUUGGGGAGAAUGUGUGUGUCGUGUGCACAUAGAAUGUGUGUGUUGUGUGCACAUAGAGUGGAAGUGAGCUGCAGUUCUGAGUGGAUGGCCUGACGAAUGAUGAUAGAUAAAGGCACAGCAGUUGAUAGUCCCCUGAAGAAGUGCAGCAAAACUGAGCUCAAAUGAACUCAAAGUAAGCUUUUAAAAUACCUGUCAUUCAGAUGUUUAGGCCCAAGCGAACAAAGGGAGACAAUCAAUGUGAUGUUGGGGGGCCAGUAUGGAAAAUGUAUGCACUCACUAACUGUAAGUCGCUCUGGAUAAGAGCUUCUGCUAAAUGACUAAAAUGUCAUGUUUUAUGAAGUGUACUUGCUUGGAUGGAAUUUACUUGUUGAUAUUCAGCACUGAUUUUGUAAUAUGUUUUGAAAGUGUGUUUUCAACAGACCUAGUGUAAUGAGUGUAUAUUAUAGUCGAGUUGUUGUUGUAACAUAUUGUAAAUGUCAGUGCCAAAAUGUAUGAAUCCUGUAG